AAUUGCUGCUGAUGAUUUGUCAACACGUUGAAGGAAAACAAAUACUUUUUAUUUUAUUUUAUUGCGCUAAAUAUUUCCGUUCAUCCUCUUCCAUAAAGAUAAUAAAGAUCUUAAAUCGUUAGUUGUUAAAACGAAGAUGCCUACAAGUGACAGCGAAGACUUUGAGAGCGCAGACGAAGGCCAAAGUGUCUCCGACAAGAAGGAAAGAAAAAAACGUCUUUCUUCAUCCAAUUAUAGUGAUAAUGCUUUGGAAACUGAUCAAGAGCUUCACGAAUCUUCAGGCAAAACCCUACUGAAGAAAAUACAGACAACAAAUGAUGGGUGGGAUGACUUUGAUAUAGAUGAAAAUGAGACUAGUGACACACCUGUCCCAACAAAGCACAAAGAACUGAGUAUAGACAAGAAAGCAGAAGUUUCAGAAGAGAGUGAGUUACAGAACAAAAAAUCGAAGCCAAAAGAGAGUGAGUCACAAGACACAGGGUGGGAUGACUUUGGUGACUGGGGUCAGGAUGUAGAGAAUGUGGAUAUUAAGAAUAAUACUCAACCAAAACUAACCCUAUCCCAAAGGCAACCAGAUAAAGACAUCCACGAGGUGACAGAUAGACUUGCAGCCACUUCCACCAAGAGUUCUGGAUCUGGCUGGGGGUGGGGUUGGGGGGUAGACUCGCUGCUCAGCUCCGCAACGGCUGGCAUAACUACCAUCACAAGUCAGGUCUCACAGGGCAUAUCAACGGUUCUAGAGACAGGUAUCGGAGCCCCGGACCCUGAAGAACUGGCCAGGCGGAAUUUGCAAGAGAGUGAGUCCAAAUCGACCAGGUCUGAGGAGGAACCUGACGAGGAGCCAGAGAAGAAUGCUGGUGAAGCUGCGUUUCCAUUUGGGAGCCUCAUAUCUGGGGUCACCAAGUUUGUUGGAACUACAGGCACUAAAGUGAUAUCAGGCGGGCUAGACACGCUAGAAACGAUAGGAAAGAAGACCAUGGAAGUGUUACAAGAUGGGGAUCCCGGGCUCGUCAAGAAACGGGCCAUGCUCGGCCUGGAGUCCGGCGACAAGCCGGUAUUAUCCCAAGUCCUGAGGGAAGCGAAAGAGAAGGCGGAGGAAGAUGACAGGAGAAAAGAGGAGAAGAGGGAAGCGAAGGAGGUCCAUUACGAGACUCUGUUUGAUGAUUUCGAAGGUCUAGUACACUUAGAAGCACUGGAAAUGCUUUCGAGGCAAGUCACCAUGAGGAUAGAGGAACGAUUGAGAGCUGCUGGUCCUGAGAAGAGACAGGAUAUUAAGGAAACGCUCCAGCAAGUCUCUGAGCUAUGCGAAAUGCCUGAUGAAGAAGAGGAAGAUGAAGAGGAAUCGCCGGGUGAGGGGUCGAAAGCAGAUGCUCUGCAUGAGAAGCUUCAAACAGCUACACAAGAUUUGGGUUUGAAGUUACAAUUUCAGCCGCUAGUGAAGCAAUACACCGACACCCUAUCGUGGCUCGACUCCUCAGAACCCACAUCGCAAAAGGCGGUGUACAAGCGCAGUGUGAGCGCUUUAGCACAAUCCACUGCUUUAUCAGUCGAGAUAUAUCACAAAUCGGCUGAGAUGCUGUUAGUGAAGACGAGGAGAUCAACGGCAGACGAGGCUGAUGCAUUGACACAAAUGACCGUAGUCCUGACGAAACAUAUCGGUGAACUGGCAACACUGUUCACGGAGAAAUUGAACUCUAUCACUGAAGAGAAUAAGGAGCAGAAUAAUAAUUACAUCACUAACAUAUUUUUAGAGGCUGGUAACAGUUCAACAUAUAUACAGAACGCGUUCCAACUCACAUUACCAAUUCUGCAGAUUGGAGCAGUGUAAAUUAUUAUAAAAGAAUCAGUGUAAAUUAGAUAUAAAAUCAGUGUAAAUUAGAUAUAAAAUCAGUGUAAAUUAGUAUAACAUACAUAAUUAUGUAUAUUAAUAAAACCGUGUGGUUCCCGGCACUAUUACAAAAAAGAAUAGGACCACUCCAUCUCUUUCCCAUGGAUGUCGUAAAAGGCGACUAAGGGAUAGGCUUAUAAACUUAGGAUUCCUCUUUUAGGCGAUGGGCUAGCAACCUGUCACUAUUUGAAUCUCGGUUCUAUCAUUAAGCCAAAUAGCUGAACGUGGCCAUUCAGUCUUUUCAAGACUGUUGGCUCUGUCUACCCCGCAAGGGAUAUAGACGUGACCAUAUGUAUGUAUGUAUGUAUG